UUUUUUUUUUUUCGUUCAGAUUUUGCUAUUGUACAUCAAUCCUUGACAAAUUCGUAUUCUUUAAAUGCAUCAAAAUGAUGUGGUUCUUAAAUGCCCAGAUAGUGUGGAUUAUAUGCCCUAACGUCUAGGAAAUUAAAGAAGAGUAUAAGUUCACUAAGUUUACCCGUGGUCAAUCCCCUGAGCUUUUCUCCAUGGGUGGGAUUGGGCUAUAGAUGAAUAUUUUUAAGCAUAUGUGGAGUCAAAGGGCUUAUGGGGAUCUUUUGUUAAUGUAUUUUAUUAUGGCUUUAUUAAUCUUUAUUAUAUUAUUUUCUACCUUUAAUAUAUUGCUGUUAGGAUUUUUCAGCAAUUAUUUCUUGUAAAUACGAAAUCUUCUAUAAUCCUCCCUUUAUUGCAUAUCUCUCGUAAUCUCCCAUAUUAAUGUAAAAAUAUUCCAUGCUGCCUAUUUAAGAAAAGAGGGCUGCAAAAUACAAACAAGUUUAUCUAAGCAAAGAAAUCAUGUCAUACUAUUGACAUUUUGACAUGGUAUGAGAGCUUGGUCUCUGAAUCAUGGUCUUUUCUUGGGUUCUAGUGUGUUUCUUGUGAGUAUCCUGGGGUUGAGUAAAACACCUUGUGAGUUCAUUACACUGCAAACGCAGGUUUUGGAACCUACCCUCCUUCUCCAUUCGUAGCACUCACAAGUUUGUGAGAUUGGUGUUGUCUACUUAGUUGAGUGAGCUCCUUCACAAAUUGUGGAACGGUUCAAGCUUGGUUUUGUGUAUGAAGGACGUCGUCCUCAUCCUCCUGGUACCCUUCAUGAUGAUGCUCCAACACUUGAUCCUGACCCACCUCCUGCUUUGGAUCCUGUUCUAUUUGUUCUACCUCUUUGCUGGUCCACUCUGUUUCUAUAUCUAUUCCUUCUAGUUAUACCCAGGCUAUGGAACAUGAAUGUUGGAAAAGGGCAAUGCAAGAAGAUCUCCAAGCACUUCAAGAAAAUCACUUGGGGGACAUUGUGUCUUGUCCUUCCAUGAUCAAACCUAUUGCAAGUAAAUGGGUUUCUCUAUCAAGCUUCGAUUUGAGGGCUCUUUAGAUCGCUAUAAAGCUCGAUUAGUAGCUCUUGGUAAUAGACAAGAGUGUGGGAUUGAUUAUAAGGAGACAUGUGCUCCUAUUGCCAAGGUGACUACAAUUUGGACAAUCCUUGCUCUUGUUGUUUCUCAAUCUUGGCCAUUGCAUGAAAUGGAUGUGAAGAAUGUCUUUCUUCACGGUGAUCUCAAAGAAGAAAUCUACAUGAAACUUCCUUCUAGUAUGCUUACUUCUACUGAUAUUUGUAAACUAUGACUUUCCUUGUAUGGGCCUAAACUAGGCUCCUUGGGUUUGGUUUGAGAAGUUUCGUACUACUCUACUUCAGUUCUCCUUCACAUAGAGUCAAUAUGACUAUUGUCUCUUCUUUCACAAGUCUCCCACUAUAUAGUUCUCCUUUUGAUUUAUGUGGAUGAUCUCAUCAUUACAUGAACUGAUCAUGACUUAAUUAAGAAGUUGCACAUUGAGCUAGAUGCAACAUUUCACAUGAAAGGUCUUGGAUAGUUCACCUAUUUUUUAGGAUUGGAGGUACGUCAUCGAUCCAAUGGAAUAUUUUUAAAGCAACAAAAGUACAUUCAAGAUCUUAUUCAAUUGGCGAGUUUAGAUGGAACUACUUCAGUUGAUACUCAUAUGGAAGUCAAUGACAAGUACCAAAGAGUUGAAGGAGAUAUUUUGUUGGAUCCCACUCUAUUGGUGUUUGGUAGGAAGUCUUAUCUACCAAACCAAUACUUGACCUGACAUUUCGUAUGUUGUUUGCCAGGUGAGCUACUUUAUGCCCGCUCCUCAUCAUCUUCAUUUUGCUGUUGUUUGUCUCAUUACUCGAUACCUUAAAGGGUCACUUACACGUGGGUUAUUCUUUCCAAAAGACUUAUCUUUAUACCUUGUAGCAUAUAGUGAUGUUGAUUGGGCAAGUUUUCUCUAGAUACUUACCUAUCUACUAAAGGUUGGUGAAUGUUUUAGUGGUGCCUUAAUUUCUUGGAAAUGUAAGAAGCAAGAUCGUGUUUCAAAAUCUUCUACUAAGGCUGAAUAUAGUUCAAUGUCAUCUGCUUGUGUUGAAGUUGUGUGGUUACGUGAUCUUUUGGAGCAACUAGGGUUUUCUCAACCUACAUCUACACCUAUUCAUGUCGAUAAUACGAGUGCUAUUCAGAUUGCUACAAAUCUAGUGUUUGAUGAAUCUACCAAGCAUAAUGAAGAAGAUUGUCAUUAUAUUUGAGAAGCCUUGACCAACACUGUCAACUCUCUAUCUUACAUCUCCAUUGAUCUUCUAGUUGUGGUAUAUUUACCAAAGCCUUGUCUCGACAGCACCAUGAGUUUCUUGUUUGCAAAUUGUUGUUGGUUCACUUAGUCCAUCCCUUUCGUUGCAUUUCUUUCGCAAUCUUCCAUUAAUGUAAAAAUAUUCUAUGCUGCCUAUUUAAGAAAAGAGGGCUGCAAAAUACAAGCAAGCUUUUCUAAGCAAAAGAAUCAUGUCAUAUACUGUGCUCUCUCUUGCCUUGACAUUUUGACAUCUUUGACCUACUCAAGUAGAACGGAAACCACCUUGCCUUUUUGUUUUGGCUGCUGCUGCAGAAUAGAGGCAAAGGCAAUGGGAGGAAUGCUUCUUUUGGCGAAAUGCCUAGGUAAAUGUGUCCCUUUUAGAUGGGUAUUGUGGAUAAGGGGCACAUUUUAUGUAAAUUCCUUAUAUCUUGGGAUUUGAAUGUCACCCUUAAGCUCUUGUCUUUUUUGUUUUGUUUUUGUUGAAGCCCUUAGUCUUUGUCUGAAUCACAAAUAUUAAUUCCCUAUGUCAGACUUUCUAUAACUUAAUUUUGUGUGAACAAUCUUUUCAGUGAUAGCGAGGUUUUUAUGUUCAGUGGUGUUUGAUUGUAAUUUACUAUUUAUUCCAUUAUUCUUGUAGCUAAUACUAAGAAGUGAGAGCUGACUUUGUAGUUCACCAAUCAUUCCUUAACCCUAAUUAAUUGAGAUCUAACAAUUUAUGUUAAUCUUAGGUUCCAACCUACUACAUAUGUCAAACUUUUUUCCUGUGUUUUUCCAAGAGGCAUUAUGUUGAGUGGGUUGGUUGAUAAUUGGCUAAAUAACAAUAAUCAGAGCAUGAGAAAUAAAUAUGUUGCCAGAUAACAGCAAUUCAUUUUCAUCUUUAAUAUUUUUUAGGCUAAAUUACAAGUUUGGUCUACCUUUUAUUCCUAAUCUUCGAUUUUGGUUUCCCUAAUUUCAUUUUUGUGAUUUUAGCUUCUAUAUUUUCUAAAACUGAAAUUUUGGUCCAAAUCUCAAUUUUAAAUGCAUUUAAUUCUUUUAUUUUUGGAUCAAUUGAACCUUAAAUCUAACAUAUCUGUCAGAAUAUGUGAAUUUAUUAAGCAAUAAAUAUUACAAUUAAUAUGGCAAUCAUGUGUAACCCUAAAAUUAAGGGAUUAGGAUUAGUAAUUAUUGGGCAAAUUUCCAUUCAUUAAGAUUAGGUAUUAUUGGGUAGAUAUCUCCUUAUUUAGAGACUUUAUUUCAGGAGAUUUUUUACCUUAAUUAGACCAUGGUUUGUUUCUUUUUAAACACCUAUGUAUUGUCUCAAAAGUAUGAACGUGAGAAUAAUUAUUUCUAGCAUCCUAUUUCUGUUUUCAACAUGGUAUCAGAGCUCUAGGUUUUUCCUGGAGCCCUGGUCUUUGUUUUCUUGUCUCACGGCCUUCAUUGCCAUUUCUAAAUAUUGUCGGCCUUCAUUGCCAUUCUCAUCUAAAAAGGGAGUAGCCUUAAUUGCUGCUGUUAUUCUUUCUGCUGUGUUAACCUAAUCUCCGAUUACAAUGUCUGACGCUACAUCAAGUAGAGAAGUCUCUAGUUCUUCACUCAAAAAUGGAGAACUCCAAGGUCUCCGAGCAUCAUACAGGUUGGAUGGGAAAAAUUUUCUCAAAUGGUCCCAGUUUGUCAGAACCUAUCUCAAGGGAAAAGGAUGCCUGGUUCAUCUUCUUGAAAAUGGUCCAAGCAUGGAGGAUCCAGCAUUUGCAGCAUGGGAUGAAAAAGAUUCCAUGAUUAUGUCUUGGUUAUGGGACUCCAUGGAAGCUACCAUCAGUGACACUUGUAUGUUUCUUAAUACUGCUAAAGAUAUUUGGGACUCCAUAAACCGCACAUAUUCCAAAGCCAAUGACGUUGCCCAAGUAUAUGAAAUCAAAAUAAAAACUGCAGCCACAAAACAGGGAAGUAGAGGAAUCACAGAAUAUGCGGCACUGUUGCAGAAUCUAUGGCAGGAACUUGAUCACUACAGAGUUUUUGAAAUGAAGUGUGCUGAGGAUGCUAUCCUCUUGAAGAAAUUCAUAGAGAAGGAUCGUGUGUAUGAUUUUCUAGCAGGACUAAAUCCUGAAUUUGAUCAGGUUAGAGUGCAAAUUCUAGGGAGAAAGGAUAUUCCUUCACUAGAAGAAACCAUCUCUAUUGUUCGCGCAGAAGAGAGUCGGAGGAGUGUAAUGCUUGAGUCUCAACCAAUAGAUGGAUCUGCUCUACUUACCAAACCUGAUAUGGUGCAGAAAGGAAAUGAGCAAAAUACUACUUCUCUAUGGAAAGGAAACAGAGAUAAUUUAUGGUGCACCUAUUGUCAGAAACCGAGACACACAAGGGAGAAAUGUUGGAAAUUGCAUGGCAAACCUCCAGGAAAGGAGUGGGUGAAUCGUGGUGGACAACAAAAGUCCCAAGUGCAUGUAACACAAGCAGAGAUUAAAGAAUCUCCAGCAGUAGACANUUUCAAUAUGGAAGAGAUAAAGAAACUGGAAAAUCUAUUGGGGAAUAUGGAGGAACCUUCUGGAUCAUGUUCUCUUGUUUUCUCAGGAACAGGACUCGGGAGGAGGAUUGGACUUGCUAAAGAAAAAGAUGGUCUUUACUAUUUGGAAGUAUCUCAAGAAUCCCAAACCAACCAAGCAAAAUCCCUUCACAGUCUAACAAAUAAGGAUGAACUAUGGCUGUAUCACUAUCGUCUAGGACAUCCAUCAUUUAAGGUUCAUUGCUUUGAUAUUGAGAAAUUGAAUCGAAUGUAUGAAGGAAGGGUUCUGAGAGCAGCCAUUGAUUACUUUUGGAUUGGCGGGCUACAAAUGGAUGUUCAGCUGAAAUCUCCUUUUUCAGGUUGCAUUGAAGGAAAUUCUAGUUAUCUGGAAAAAGAAUUAAUUUAUUGGGGAACCAAUAUCAUAUGGUCUUUAAACCAAUAUCAAUGUCAUGAUAAGCCUUUGGUUCUUUGGGAUAUAAUUACAGCAUUGUUGGCGUUCAAGGAUCACAAUUCAAAAUAUACAGAACAUAUAAUCAUUAAGUGGAUCACAUCAUCAUUCCUUCAAUUAGAUAUGGAUCUUCCUUCUGAAAAAGUUUUAUCAUUUGUCUCUUCAAGCUUGUCAGACAUUCCAUCUCGACUGCUGCAUUUGUUCAAUAUAAUCUGUAGACGUGUAAUAUUAGCAGAGCUGGAUGCUGAUCAAAUAACUGGAUUAACCAGAAAGGUUGAAAAGUUGGAAAGUGUAUGUCCUGCCAUGGAAAAACACAUUACAAAGUGGACAGAAAUUCUUCUGAGCAUUGAAAGGGAGCUCUGGAAAAGGCUUGUGUGUUUUAGUUUUUCUAUUUUCCGAACUAUCAUGUCCAAUCCUGAAACAUCUUCCCAACAUGGUUGUUGGUAUCCAGUUGGACUAGCACAGAUGGAACAAUGGAUUGCUUCAGACCAGAAACAUUUAGGUGACCAGUUGAAAGCCAUUGUUUCAGAAGUUAGUCACAAGAAAAGGUUCCUGGCCAAUAGAUGUUCAGCAGUAGAGACAUGCAGUUUUUGUUCAGCAUCCGUUCCAUUUGAAUCCCCUGAGUUUGGUUUUUGUCAAUGUGAAAAUUCCAGUGAUGAUGAUGUUAAGCCUCACAGGUUACUGAGAUGUGUUGUUUGUAUGCAGGUUUGCCCCAUUACUCCCUUGUGGUAUUGUGUCUGUUGCCAUAGGUCAGGGUUUAGAUUGGCACCAGAGCCACUUUUUAGAAUGUCUUCAUUUCAUGUAGAUGCAGACACUUUCAUUAAAUCUUCCUCUCAAGCAGUGUCCUCGAAACCGUUUUGUCCCUUGUGUGGGAUACUGCUACAGAGACAACAACCAGACUUUCUCCUCUCUCCAAGACCUGUAUAAGAAUAUUUAAUAUUAUUUUUAUACAAGUAGUUUAUUUUUAUUUU